GCCUGUGGAUCUUGAUCCCCCAGUUACCUGCUGCGGGUCUCUGCAGCUGUCCAUUGAAACCACCAUCCAUGUUCUCACCGCCCAAAUCUUAGGUGCAUCCCUUGAUUAUUAACUCGUUGACUUCGUUAAGGAUGAGUUCUUGAAGGCAGAGACCUCCAUUCUUUCAAAAAAUAUUAAGUGUUUUACUACAUAUGGAACACUACCUGAGGCCUUUUAAUUAUAGUGCUUUCUCUUAUUUUUAUUUCUAUAAACACAGAGCUUAUUUGUUUAUAUUUGUGUGUUGUCCCCGUCAGAUUGUGAGCUCCCUGUGGACAGGGACGGCCUUUUGCCUUUUUUGUAAUCCCAGCACUUUAAGAGGAAUGCCUGGCACGUUUUAGAUGCAUUACUUAUUGAUACUUGUUUUCCUUUAUUGUAAGUGAUUAAUAAAUGCUUGUUAAUCGAUAGAAUUAAAACUCGUAGUGACUGGCCUGAUAAUGUAUUGGUGAAAUGAAAUGAAAAUAAAUCUUAGUUGGAGACAGUCUUGGGGCCAUUAUCUGCUGCGGGGAGAUAACCAGUGCUGUUGACAAACCUGCCCUUUAAAGGGAUUCAAUUUUGAAAUGUUUUAGGGUCAGUGUGGGUAGUUUUCAUGUUUGUUACUUCGAUAUGGCCGAAUAGUCUCAUUAGUGGCAUAUUGCAUCAAAUUUAUAUUUUCAAUGAAUCCACAAAUCAGUAAUGAAAUAGAAAUCAAGUACCCAAAUCAAGUAUGAUUUUUAGUUUGACAUUUUGGGGUGUUUUUUGUUUAGCAAACAUUUGAAAGGAGCUUUGGACUGGAAGGAGAAUAUUUGGGUCUUGGAAACUAUGUGGUCAGUGUUCUCCUUGGAGCAACAGCAGUCCUUUAUUUAAAAAAUGUUUUUUAUUAUUUUCAAUAUGGUAGGUUUCUUUUGUAAUUUUUUUUAAAAAAUGAACUUGUGAAGGGAUCGGUGGACUGAUUUAUCACCAGUUAACCAAAGACAUCCUUAACAAAAAAAGAUUAAGAAACUCUAUUCUAUAAUUUGUCAUCUCAUGAGGAGCCUAAGAACUUCCCAUGUGUCAGGCACUUUGUAAAGCUGCGUGAGAGUGAUUGAGGGGUUUGUGCUCAAGCAAGAAUGCCCUCCACUUCAGAAGCUGGGACAUAAGAUAAAGAUUAUAACAAUGUCUGUUGAAGUGAAAUGAAGUACACUUGGAAGCUUUUAUGUGUUUCAAUAAACACAGCUUCUCCAGGAUCAGAGCAGGUACAUUUGUAAUCUCAGAAUUACCUCAGGAAAGAAGAUCGUCAGAACAAGAUUUGCCUCCAAAUAUUGAUGCUGGCAAUUUGAAAAAAAGAAGUUGGAAGUUAUUAUUCCCUGGGAUAGUUGGUGGGACACUAGUAGCUGUGUAUGCAGUUGCUACUCCUUUUUUAACUCCAGCCCUUCGGAAAAUUUGUUUGCCUUUUGUACCUGCAACUUCGAAUCAGAUUGAAAAUGUUCUGAAGAUGUUACGAUGUAGAAGAGGAUCCCUAGUAGAUAUUGGUAGUGGUGAUGGUCGUAUUGUCAUUGCUGCUGCAAAAGAAGGAUUCAGAGCUGUUGGUUAUGAGUUAAAUCCUUGGCUAGUUUGGUAUUCCAGGUAUCGUGCUUGGAGAGAAGGUGUCCAUGAUGUUGCAAAAUUUUAUAUUUCAGAUUUAUGGAAGGUUAGUUUUUCACAGUAUACAAAUGUAGUUAUUUUUGGAGUACCUCAGAUGAUGCUACAGUUGGAGAAGAAACUUCAGCUAGAAUUAGAAGAUGAUGCCAGAGUUAUUGCUUGCCGAUUUCCUUUUCCACACUGGAACCCAGAUCAUGUUACAGGAGAGGGGAUAGAUACUGUAUGGGCAUAUGAUUCUAAGACUUUUAAAGGAAGUAAAAAGAGCUGCCCUAAACCUAUGCCAAAUGUGCAUCCAAUUGAAGGUUUUGUUUAAAGCAGAGUUCUUGAUUGUUUCUGGUAUAAAGUACAUUUACAUCUAAUGCUUUUGUAAUUUACUUACGAAACUAUACCUUAAUAAAAACUCACAUUUUAAAAAA